CUAAAAUGGGUAAUAUAGGAGAUGCUCAAAAGAUAGUAUUACAAUUAUAGCACACACAUCUCUGCAACCCAGGAUCUUCGCAGCAAUCACCAUCCGCCUAUCUGCUCGAGUUAUAUUGAAAAUCACUCGUUACGCCCUUCAGACCUUUUGUUUGAAAUAGUCACUCGUAUACUUCUAUCAGAAUGAGUACGCCUGCUGCACAGUCGGCCUUGCGAUUGUACAGUCCGGAGGAAUCGCCGAAAGGGUUUUCGGUCCUUGUGUUUUUAUAUGAUGCUCAACAUGUUGCGUCAAACACAUCAGCGUUAAUGCGCGUGAUGACUGCCAACCGUACGCUCCCUGUGGCCAUGCGAGAGAUGGGUGAUGGCUACGCACGAGACGAGUUCAAGAAACAUAAAAACGCCGAUGCCUCAUUCGUCGCCAAGUUCACAAAGGGUUGGGAGGAGUACGCUUCCAUGUUGGAACAGCAACAGAUCGGCAGGAAACUGACUACGCAAGAAUUGAACUCGCUCAACGACGAGCAAUUGGGCCAAUUGGACGCUCUUAGGGAAGAGGUGGAAGCAAGUGUGAAGGAGAAAUGAAGAUACGCACAUCAAAUAUAUAGUGUAAUAAAUCGAAUGGUAGUAGUUGCUUGUGAGAUUUAGAAUGUUAGGAGUUUAUAGCAAUAUUCGAGUGCAAAACUGUUGUUUUCACGUAGACGGAUAUCGACUGGCCUUGCACCCACGAGUGUCAAAUCAAUAUUCGUAGUCCAAAUAAAUCGCUACGACAUAUGUAGUAAAGCAUUGUGAAG